UCUCCUGAAGUAUGAGAUGACUGCUUCCAAGAUACAAAAGACUUGCGCCUUGACGCCUUGUCGAUCUAAGUCUCUUCUCAGCACCACAACUCUCAUAGACUCAAGCCCUUUCUCUGUUUGCAUCGCAAAGUCAAUUUUUCGCCUAACUAAACACGGAAUACUUUCAGCUUUCGAAAUGGCUCUUCAAAAGAAUCUUUUGACCAUGGCGCUUGCAACGCUCACCAUGCUCCUCUGUCUGGUCUCAGCAAGUCCGCUGCCCUUGUCUCAACACGGCCCAGCCGCUCUUGGGCCUCGCCAAUCAGUGUGCCGUCCCACCGUUGGCUGCGUUCCCUUCUUCAACGCACCAACAUGGAACAGCUUCGAGUUGACCAUCCCGGCCCCCGGAGAUCCCCGCACGCAAACCGCCCGCUCACCCAACGGAGAGAUCGAAACCUCCGUCUGGAACCGAGUCGACGGAUCAGCCUUUCUCGGAAUCCACCUCGGAGACAGCUAUAUGCUGCCCGGGCAUAGUGAGAUGCAGAUUCAAGCGCGGCACCGGAAC